GAAAAUUGCCCACCGAAAACAUAAUUAUUUGCAGAAAUACAUUUUUCUUCUCGGCAAGUCAAUAUUUUUUAUUUCUAAAAUCUCAAGUCUGCAAAUUUUGUAGAGCCGCAGAGGUGACGAGAGAGAAUCGACGUGCUUGAAGCCCAGCAACCUUCCGUUUACGGCGGUUGCAUAUCAUCCAACCAGUUUCGACGGAAAUUUGAUUGGUGUUCAAGGGCUCUAGCAGGAAGACAUCUUGUCUAAACUUAGUAUCAAAAAGGGAAGUUUGAGAACGAAUCAUCCUGGGAUGCAACUGUUUCAUCAAAAUAUAGCAUGACUUUCUUACUCUUGUGAGUGGAGGCAAUCAUAUUUUGUGGAGAAAGUAAAACAUAAAAAAAUACAGCGACCAAGUUCAGGGGGUGACUUGCCCCAAAGUGGCGAGCAUAACCCCUCUCCUAUUGCCCGGAGAUCAAAUUUGUCUCAAAUCAUUAUGAUGGAUGAUGAUGUUGAGAGUGGCAAUAGGCUAAGGUCUUUCCCCAACAUGCGCAGCAAGCCCUAUAACCCGCUGAUAUUUCGCUUUUUUAUGGGAAUAAAUGUUCGUGUUCUUUUGAUAAUUUUGCUUUUGGGCUUUGGGGCAAUCUUCUACAUUGGAGCACGUACUUCUCCUGUCAUUAUCUUUGUCUUCACAAUAUGUAUUAUCAGCUUCAUUUUGUCAAUAUAUCUCACAAAGUGGGUGCUGUCAAAGGAUGAAGGACCUCUUGAGAUGGCUCAGAUAUCAGACGCUAUACGUGAUGGAGCUGAAGGCUUCUUCAGAACUCAGUAUGGGACUAUCUCUAAGAUGGCGUUCUUGCUGGCCUUGGUAAUCCUUAGCAUAUAUCUAUUCCGGAGCACAACUCCCCAACAAGAGGCAUCUGGUUUAGGAAGGUCAACAUCUGCAUUUAUUACUGUUGCUGCAUUUCUUUUGGGGGCUCUAUGUUCAGGUAUUGCAGGAUAUGUUGGAAUGUGGGUAUCAGUUCGUGCAAAUGUUCGGGUCUCAAGUGCUGCAAGACGAUCUGCAAGAGAGGCAUUGCAGAUAGCUGUUCGAGCUGGUGGUUUCUCAGCCUUGGUGGUUGUUGGUAUGGCUGUUAUCGGUAUAGCCAUACUCUAUGCAAUAUUUUAUGUUCUAUUGGGCGUUGAUACACCGGGUUCGAUGAAGGUUACUGAUUUGCCUCUUCUCCUUGUUGGAUAUGGUUUUGGAGCGUCAUUUGUUGCCCUCUUUGCUCAGCUGGGUGGUGGGAUAUAUACCAAAGCAGCUGAUGUUGGGGCAGACCUUGUAGGAAAAGUAGAGCAGGGAAUACCAGAAGAUGAUCCUCGAAAUCCUGCUGUUAUUGCCGAUUUGGUUGGAGACAAUGUCGGCGAUUGUGCUGCCCGAGGUGCAGAUCUUUUUGAAAGUAUUGCGGCAGAGAUUAUCAGUGCUAUGAUACUUGGUGGAACAAUGGCGCAACGUUGUAAGAUUGAAGAUCCAUCUGGUUUCAUCCUUUUUCCUCUUGUUGUUCAUUCUUUUGACCUGGUGAUAUCGUCAGUUGGAAUACUUUCAAUUAGGGGCACCCGUGAUUCCAGUGUGAAGGUUCCAAUUGAGGAUCCAAUGACUAUUCUUCAGAAAGGAUAUUCUGUUACCAUAGUUUUGGCUGUCAUUACAUUUGCUGCGUCGACCCGUUGGUUGCUAUAUACUGAACAAGCUCCUUCUGCAUGGUUGAACUUUGCACUGUGUGGGCUGGUCGGUAUCAUCACGGCAUAUGUUUUUGUCUGGAUAACCAAAUAUUAUACCGACUACAAGCAUGAACCUGUUCGCACUUUAGCUCUUUCGAGCUCCACUGGUCAUGGGACCAACAUAAUUGCAGGAGUUAGUCUUGGUCUGGAAUCGACUGCUCUUCCUGUUAUUGUCAUAAGUGUGUCGAUUGUUUCUGCUUUCUGGUUGGGUCAUAACUCCGGGCUGGUGGAUGAAGCUGGAAAUCCAACUGGUGGUUUAUUUGGCACAGCGGUAGCAACAAUGGGAAUGCUCAGCACUGCUGCUUAUGUUCUCACAAUGGACAUGUUUGGCCCAAUAGCUGAUAAUGCUGGUGGAAUUGUAGAGAUGAGUCAGCAGCCCGAGAGUGUUCGGGAGAUCACCGAUGUCCUUGAUGCUGUUGGAAAUACCACUAAAGCCACCACCAAAGGUUUUGCCAUUGGAUCUGCUGCUCUAGCGUCAUUCCUUUUGUUUAGUGCUUAUAUGGAUGAGGUAUCUGCAUUUGCCAACGAGCCUUUUAAACAGGUUGAUAUUGCUAUUCCUGAAGUUUUUGUUGGUGGAUUGUUGGGCUCCAUGCUAAUAUAUUUGUUUAGUGCAUGGGCAUGUUCAGCAGUUGGCCGAACUGCUCAGGAAGUUGUCAAGGAAGUAAGAAGACAAUUUAUUGAGAGACCUGGUAUCAUGGAGUAUAAAGAGAAACCGGACUACGGUCGCUGUGUUGCCAUUGUAGCAUCAGCAGCUUUGAGGGAGAUGAUAAAACCUGGUGCCUUAGCCAUAGUAUCUCCUAUUGUUGUUGGUUUUUUGUUCCGGAUUUUGGGAUACUACACAGGACAGCCUCUGCUUGGUGCUAAAGUUGUGGCUGCUAUGCUGAUGUUUGCAACAGUCUCUGGUAUUUUAAUGGCUCUUUUCCUGAACACAGCAGGUGGUGCAUGGGACAAUGCGAAGAAAUAUAUAGAGACUGGGGCACUUGGUGGCAAAGGAAGUGAUUCUCACAAGGCAGCAGUUACAGGAGAUACUGUGGGAGAUCCAUUCAAAGACACGGCAGGACCUUCCCUUCAUGUCCUGAUAAAAAUGCUUGCUACCAUCACACUUGUCAUGGCUCCAGUCUUUCUGUGAAGCAAAGUUCAAAUUUCUUGAAGUUCUCACCUCCAGAUGGGACGCACUAGCCCGCUUAGUCCUUUUAGGUAUUUUUUUGCACAUAUAUAGGUAGGUGCACACCAUGGGUGCCUGAUGAAUUUGUUUUUUUUUUUUUACGUCAUUCGAAUAAGAAAUGUUAAAUAGAAUGCUCAAUCCAGUAUUUACAGUAGAGUUUCAAAUUUUCAGUAGCAUUACAGCAACACUUAACUUGAGGCAUUAACAAAGCGGGUAAUGGGCAUACUUGUUUUUGUUUA